AUGAGUGCGGUACCAUCUAACGUUCCAGACGCUCCUGCUCACACAGGCAUUUUGUUGCUUCGUUGUUGUUGCUUGAUCGGUAGUUGGAACUAUUUUGCGUUUGCCAGAAACAACCCCGGCAUCAGAAUACGAAUCACCGAAGGCGGGCUGGAUUACAUAAACGCAGUAGCCGAAAAGUCAUUAAAUCGUCUCAUUAAAACUAUGGAAAUUCCACCGUUACGGCUGAACUUCACUCUAUGGCUUGGACGUGGCGAUUUUACUCUCUGGAAUCUCCACCUGACGCUUCUGACUGCUCCAAAUUACUCAUACGAACUGGUUCCGGGGCACGGAAUCAAAUGGAUGGCACUCAACGGUUCAUUGGACUUGACGGGCCAGUGGUCGGUUCGGUAUAGCAUUCUGCUGACGGCAAGGGCGAGCGGCACGCUGAAUGUGUCAGCUAGGAACAUAGGUUGGUCAGUAUUCUUCUCCGUUCAGCGAGGACUUAACUCAAGGCCGAAAAUUAAACUUUUCACAUGUGAUGUUGAGAUGGAAAGCUUUGACAUGCUGUUCGGCGACGGGAUAAUUCCGCAUGCUAUGAAUUACUUCAAGGGUACCGUGGUGAGAGCCUUUAAGAUCGUGGUACAGAAUCAGAUGUGCCAGCAUGCUGAAACGGCAGUUUUGCAAAUGCUGAACGAUCGAAUCACUACUAUGCCUGUUUCGUUUCCUAUUAAUCAAUUUCUCAGUCUGAACUACGGCUUGGUCGAGGACAUCUUAAUUGAACGUUUACAUAUCGACUGCGCGAUCGACGGUCGUCUUUCUUCAACUGCUGAACCAGAAUCAGAUUUUCCUUGCAAUCCACUGAAUCACUUCGGUACCGGAAAGCAGGCGAUGCUAAAUUUUCUUAAGUACUUAAGUCAUAACCUAAACUGGGUGUUGGCUAGUGGCAUACACAUGCCAGCGUUGUACAAUUUCACCCUGACUAACCUUGCAGCUGAAGUUGCAGAAGACAUGCUCAUGCUAUUCGCCGACAUGCACGUAACUAAUGGCUAA